CUUCUUCUUUCACACGUAGAGUUGACAUCACGACAGGAACCUAUCAUGCAAUCCCCAAAACACCCUUGGUCUAACCACGUUUAUAUCCAUAAUGCCAUUGGCCCCUCUAGCCCUCGUCGUUCGUGGUCACUGAUUGAUCCAAGACAGUCUCUCGUCACACUCAUUUGUCGACAAUACCGGACCGGAGCCGUGACGGGUUUUAUAUUUGUGUUCCCUCAACCACUGGUGCUAGUUUGGGAGUUUAAACGAACCGACUCUGACAAGUCAUGGGACAUUGUUGUUUGUAUCAUAAGUCUUAUGUUUUUUAACUUGAGCCAUAUAUAUCUUUGGCUCUAUCAAAAGACAAACAAUUUAUAUAUAUUUAUUCUUUGUUCACCUUCAUUUCAACUCAUAUUUCUCCUCAUUUGGUAAUAAAAACAAAUAUCAGCUUUCGUCUUUCUUCUACAUCUUUCUCUUUGUAACUUCGUUUUUGGAUAAUUGAGGAAUUUCGGGCCGAUACAUCUUUUCAUCGGACGAAUUCCUUCUCAAGAAAGUUUUGAACCAUAGUUUAUGGAAGAUAAGCUUUUUUCGGAAGAAAACAACUACCAAUAGAGCUACAUACGCUUGAUCAUUGUAAGUUUUUUUCAAAAAAAUCCUUAACAUUCAAACAAAAUGAUUUUUAUUGGAUUUUUUUGGUUCAUGAUGAUAUUUAUCGACUGAAGCAUUGCACCCAAAUUGGAAUGCUUUUGAUCUUAAAUCAUCCAAUAAAUGUUGUGUUGGGGAAGCUUAAUUAAGAAAAGUGAUAGUUAGAUAUCUUUCUUUAAACCCAAGACUUGUACUACGAUUGAGACAUAUAUUAUUACUCUGUUUAUUUUCUUUUCAAUAUAGACUUGUGAUAAAAUUGGAAACCUCGAUGACAUGAAUCAAAGGAAACGGAAAGGUUAUAUAUUAUUAUAUAUAAGUUUGAUGGCUCAUAUUUUUAAUUAAGAUGGAGCACAUAGAUAAGAUAACUCCACUUCAACUGUUAAAAGCGAUCCAACCAUCAAAUAUAGGACCUAUUUCUCUAGACGACUAUAUAGUUAAUGUUAGGCUCCCUAACUUUUUAGUCUUGACCAGAGUCACAUAAAUCUAUCUUAUAUCAUGCAGAUAUAUUUGUUUCUUUUAUCAAGAAAGGGUAAAAUGCAAUCUGCAUUAUUUCAGUCAAAAGUAAUUAUUUGUAUAGAGAUAUGAUCAAGUUUAACAUUGUGUCUUUCUUUGAAAAGUAAUCCACUCUCAAUGAUUUGCUGUGAGCAUGCCUCCACUUUUCUCAAACAAUACUAAGCAUAGAUGGGUAAUUCGGUAUUUUCCUCUAUAUUUUAUAUCUUCAAACUAAAAUGUGAGAAAGAUUUAUCCUUCGCAUUUCCUUAGUGAUGAAUAUAUAUGCAUACAACUCUAUUUGCUUAUAACAUUUAUAAAUGCAUAUUUUUCCCCCUACUUUCUUCAUAAAUGUGUACACUCAUUAAAGACUAUACGAAAAAGAGGUUAUUGUCGAUUUCAUUGUCGCACUUUGAUAUUAUAACCCCUUUUGAUAAGAUGAGGUUGAGGUGUAUGGACUAUAUGGCUGCUUAAAAUUCAAUCUUCCCUUUUUAAUGAUUUAGUUAUAUUUUAUUGGUUUAUCUAAGAAAAUAAAAAGUAAUUACAUGAAAUGUCAAAUGUAUUUAAGAGGUAAGAACGAUGACAAAAUAGUAAAUUAGGAAGAAAACGGAAAUGGCAAAUUAGUCUCCCUUCUAUGACUUGGACGUAAACCGAUGUGGACCAUGCAAUUUCAUUAUAGAACAAUAAUAUUAUUAUAGAACAAUUUACACUCUCGCUCAUGUCAUGUCAUUUUCAUAAAUAUAUACAUGUAAUAUAUCACCACUCAAAUAAAUAUAUAUCACGUUUUUCUGUUUAGUUGGUUAUAUAUUUACAUAAUGAAUUGUAUAUUUAUACAUUGUUCACAAUAAUAUCACUUGCUAUGAUUAUUAUGAAUAGCAUUGCAGUAAAUAUCAGGUUGAAUUUUGAAAAUGAAGUCAUAAAAGAACAAUAAAUUCAGUGAACCCAAUAGAUGUAAGAAACCUGUAUUAAAUGCCAAAUUCAACUUUAUCAAAUCAUAUAUUUUAACCAUACAUUACUCCACGUUAUAAAUCUAUCAAUAAUCAUAAGUCUUUUUACAAUUUUUCUAGGUAUGCAAACCAUUACUUAUCAUGUCUUACCAUGCAAAUUAUAUAUUACGUUAAACCUAAAAGCCAAUGAUUAUUCUUUAACAAAAAGUAAGAAUUUGAAUUUAUGAGUUACCUUGUAGUUAUUUUGCAAAAUCGACACAUAAAAAUAACACCAAAUAGGAAGAAGUGUGAAAAAAUAUGGAGAGGCAAUGAUGAGGAAGAUAGAAGGUGGGGAAUGAGCAGAAGCACGUGGGAUUGGUGAUUCUCUUUGCACGCUGGUGAAUAGCCUAAGCACCAUUUCUUUACCCCCAAAAAUACAAAACAAAAUAAAACACCAGCAAAAUUAAUAAUAAUAUUAUUAUUAUUUUUAUAUCAACAAAAUCCCUACCUAGAAUUUAAUAAAAUAUAAAAAUAAAAACUUACAUAAAACAAGAAAAACAAAGAAAAGUUGUAAAGUAGAUCGCUCUGUUUUCUUUUGUUUUCUGAUCUCUCUUUAGUCUUUGAAUGAUUGGUGAAGAGUGUUUUCUGGGAACUUGCCUUAAGCUAUAGCUAGAAAGAUACACAAAGAUAUAUCCAUCUCAAAGCUCCUGAUGUGAAGAGUGUUUGUUCUGUUUUUCUAAUCCAAGUGAGUUUUUUUUCUUCUUCAUUUUCUGGUUUUUGCAUGGGAAUUGAACAACAUACUUUGUUAUAUUUUGUUUUCUUUUGUGACUGAUGGAACUUUGGGUGGGUUGUGAUGUGUAAUGUAUGCUGAUGAUAGUAUUAUCUAAAAUUUCAAUCUUCUUUAUCUUUUUUUCUUUUGUUGCAUUGAUUUUGAUUCUUUUUGUUUGUAUGUCCAUAUCAGAUUGGGUAUAAGGAAUUUGAUUGAAUGGACAUGAACUUUUCUUCUGGUGGCCUCUGUUUUUCUGGGUUUCUUUCUUUUUUUUUUUUCCCAUAUAUCUAUAUAUCUAACUAAAUCACUCACCAGUCACCACAAUGACAAAUCCUCUAUAGAAAAGAAAAAAAAAAAUCUGAUUUUUUUCUCCUAAGAAAAAAAAAAAACUCUCAGACAACAUUUUGAUUUGUUUUUGUCUCAACUUGGAAACAGGAGAUAUUGUCCGGAACUGUUCUUCAGUGUUUGGUGUCUUAGAAGAAAGAAACACUUUUGGAGCAUUAUGCAUAGGAGUUUCUGAAGAUUUCAAGCUAAUUACUAUCAUUAAUCAGCUAUGAAGUUUAUGAAACUUGGAUCUCGUCCUGACACUUUCUACACUUCUGAAGAUUUAAGAUGUGUGUCCUCUGAAGUUUCCAGUGAUUUUACUAUUGAAGUGUCAGGAAGCAGAUAUCUUCUUCACAAGUUUCCACUGCUCUCAAAAUGCUUGAGGCUUCAAAGAAUGUGCUCUGAAUCUCCAGAAUCCAUCAUCCAACUUCCAGAGUUUCCAGGAGGAGUGGAGGCCUUUGAGCUCUGUGCCAAAUUCUGCUACGGAAUAACGAUAACUAUCAGCGCGUAUAACAUCGUAGCAGCGAGAUGUGCAGCAGAGUAUCUUCAGAUGUCAGAGGAGGUUGAGAAAGGUAACUUGGUGUACAAGCUUGAAGUUUUCUUCAAUUCUUGCAUCCUUAAUGGAUGGAGAGACUCCAUAGUCACACUUCAGACCACGAAAGCGUUUCCUUUGUGGUCUGAAGAUCUCGCUAUCACUAGUAGGUGCAUUGAGGCCAUAGCCUCUAAGGUUUUAUCUCAUCCAUCCAAAGUGUCUCUCUCACAUAGUCAUUCUAGGAGGGUUAGGGAUGAUGACAUGUCUUCUAACAGAGCUGCUGCUUCGAGUAGAGGAUGGUGGGCUGAAGAUAUCGCGGAGUUGGGGAUAGAUCUUUAUUGGAGGACUAUGAUUGCUAUUAAAUCCGGUGGCAAAGUACCCGCUAGUCUUAUCGGUGAUGCUCUUAGAGUUUACGCCUCUAAAUGGCUUCCUACUUUACAAAGAAACCGGAAAGUAGUCAAAAAGAAAGAGGAUUCUGACUCAGAUUCGGAUACCGAUACUUCAUCGAAGCAUAGAUUGUUGUUGGAGUCCAUUAUAAGCUUGCUUCCAGCUGAGAAAGGCGCGGUUUCUUGCAGUUUCUUGCUUAAACUCUUGAAAGCAGCCAAUAUCUUAAACGCAUCAACGUCUUCUAAGAUGGAAUUAGCAAGAAGGGUAGCUCUUCAACUAGAAGAAGCAACGGUUAGCGACUUGUUAAUACCUCCAAUGUCAUACAAAUCCGAAUUGUUAUACGAUGUGGACAUUGUCGCGACUAUCUUGGAACAGUUUAUGGUCCAAGGACAGACUAGUCCACCAACAAGUCCUUUAAGAGGUAAAAAGGGAAUGAUGGAUAGAAGAAGAAGAUCUCGUUCGGCGGAGAAUAUUGAUCUUGAGUUUCAAGAAAGUAGAAGAUCAUCCUCUGCUUCUCAUAGCUCAAAGCUUAAGGUAGCUAAGCUUGUGGAUGGAUAUCUUCAACAGAUUGCUAGAGAUGUGAAUUUACCGCUCUCAAAGUUUGUUACUUUAGCUGAAAGUGUCCCUGAAUUUUCAAGACUUGAUCAUGAUGAUCUCUAUAGAGCCAUUGACAUAUAUCUCAAGGCUCAUAAGAAUUUGAAUAAAUCAGAAAGGAAGAGAGUUUGUAGAGUAUUGGACUGCAAGAAACUAUCAAUGGAAGCAUGUAUGCACGCAGCGCAAAACGAGAUGCUUCCGCUUAGAGUAGUGGUCCAAGUCCUCUUUUACGAGCAAGCACGAGCCGCUGCAGCUACGAACAACGGUGAAAAGAACACGACUGAACUUCCUAGCAACAUCAAAGCACUCCUAGCAGCACACAACAUCGACCCUUCUAAUCCAAAUGCAGCCGCUUUCAGCACGACAACAAGUAUCGCUGCACCAGAAGAUCGAUGGAGCGUCUCGGGUCUCAAAUCACCUAAAUCAAAGCUAUCAGGUACACUGAGAAGCAAGCUAGCUGAAGAUGAAGAGGUAGACGAAAGGUUCAUGAAUGGGGACGGAGGAAGAACUCCGUCUCGGUUUAAGGCUUUUUGUGCAAUCCCUGGCCGUCCUAAGAAGAUGUUUAGCAAGCUCUUGUCCAUCAACAGAAACUCAAGCGACAAAAACUGUUAAAACAAAAUUGUUAUUUAGGUAUCGUAGAGUAAAAGAAAGAAAAAUGUUUAAACCUAUUUACUCUCUGUAUAACUUCAUCUAAAAAUCUCUAAGAUGAUAAUAAUAUUGUUUAGAAUCAUAUUUAGAUUCAUGAGACACGUGUUUGAGAUCCAGAAGGUCAAAGAAAAUGACCCUGAGGAUUUGUUUUGUUAGAAGAACUUUGAUUAUUCUUUAAAUUUGUAAAGAGUAAAGUCAAAUCUUCUUCUCUGUCUCUGUUGGCUGCUACUGGUUUUGAUUAGUAUAUAUCCCAAUUUAUUCCUUG